ACCUUUACAUAAGUACUAGAUGGCACUACAGGUUCAGUAUAAGUGACUGGGUGUGCUCCUUGCAAGCUGCGACAUUACUUUAGCAAUAUUAAUACAUCUCACAGUGGCUACUGAGUACCUACAAGAGAGGUAACAAACACAACUACUAGGUACAGCUACUAGAUCAUGGAGGACCUUGGUCUUAACUGUAGUGUGUGUGAGGAACGCUUCAGCGACAAUCGCAUCCCUCGGAACCUGGGUUGUGGCCACUCGCUGUGUACUCCCUGUGUCUCAGAGGUUCUCGCCAGAGACAAGAAGUGCCCAGAAUGUCGUCGUACCUUCACAACAUCUAGUGCCUCUGAGCUGGCUGUCAAUUUCCCCCUACUAAAGUUAGCAAGGUCCCUGUAUGGCACAGUCACCUCGCUUCAGUUACAGGCAGCUUCCGUCUCUGCCCCAGACCCUACAAACUCCUGCACUUUAGUCUCUUCGUCAGCCACUUCAGGCACGGAACUAGAUGCUGGAAGAUGCCGUACGCACGGCUCCCUGCUGUACUUAAGGUGUAUGCGGUGUAAUGUGUGGAUCUGUGAAAGUUGCGUCACUUCGGGUCACUACGAACCUCCCCGCGGACAGUGCAGGGUUUUACCUCUCCCUCAAGCCCUCGUCCAGAUGAAGAGAACCCACCUUCAGACCUCAUCCUCAAAGAUCAAGUUCGCUGAGAAACUGAAGAGGAGAAUAGAAAAAGAGGUCUCGUCCCUGGGUGCUGUGAGGGAGCAGCACGCAACCACUGUGGGCAGCCUUAUGGCGGUGAUACAGGAGGUGGAAGUGGUCGCUGCUGAAGUGGAGGCAUCGAGAGAAGAUUCAAAGAAGAGGCUGUUAGAGGUGGAGAAGGUGUUUGUGGAUCUGCAGCACACUAAGUCCAUAGUGAAGGCAGCUGUAACUCUGGAGGAGAUGACUGCCGCAACUGUGAUGGCUGGCGAGUGUCUGACGGCUGUAGAGCGGUGCUUGUUGCAGGACCAGCACCGAAACCUGCCCAAAGUGCCCAAAAUAGUGUCACUUAGCAAGCAGACACUACGAGCAGUUCUGGAUAUUGGCAACUACGUCUACGGGAGUCUGGAGGUGGACGGGCGACAACUGUGGGCGAGGGUGACGGAGAGGGAUCACCUCCUACACCUACACGCCCUCAAGGCUCUUGACCACCCACCUCUUGGUCUCAUUGUCCCUUUCGAUACGGUGAGGCAACUGGUCCCCCGCGAAUCCCCCUCCAUCUUUCUGGAAGUGGCGUGGGCAGGUCAGCUGAGAGGGCGUGUAUAUGUACGCAUGUUUGGCGACACUCCCCGCUGCCAACAGGCACAACUCUUGUGUGCUGGAGAGCGAGGUGUCUCCUAUAGCAACACCUCCUUCUACAGGGUCGACCAUCUCAACACCCCCAGAGAGAUCCUACGGGGAGGAGAUUACGAAAACAACGAUGGCACUGGGGGACGCGCCCUCGUCAACGGCAUCAUCAGCGGCGGCGUGUACACGACAGAGGUCACAGCUGGCCUAGUGGCAGGUUGCUCUUCGGAAGGCUUCGCCAGCCUCGCCUGUUUUGGUAUAUACCUCAGGGACAAUCCAGACCACUACGAUAAAUCUGGGUUUGGAAUAGUUACGAGUGGGAUUGAGACCCUGAAAGCUGCCGCUCGUCGUAAAACCACGGCAGAGGCCAAGGUGUUGGACUGUGGAUUGGUGAUCCCUAUGUGAGGUGGUGUCCCAUGGUGCUGGACUGUACACGCGUGAUCCCAGUGUGUGUGGGGUG